AUGUCUUCUGAAUUAAUUGCAACUUGUCGUUUUAAAAUCCAACAACAAGAAAAGAAUAUUUCCGCAAACGAAUUACAGCAGUUAUUUGAUCAUAUUGUACAAGAAUUUCAUAACACUAAAGAUAAUUUGCCUAUUCGUAGUAUAAAAGAUGUCGUUACUGUGUUAACAACAGUUGGUGAUUAUGCAAAAUAUAGUGAUGCAUCUAUACUAAAUCAUCAUUUGUUUAUUAUACUCCGUAAUACGCUAGUCAUUCUAUUUCAGAAAUGGAACACCAGUAACAAGCUAAACGACCAAGAAGUAGCUGUAUUUCAAGGUAUAAGUGUCUUAUUUGUUUGGUUAACUAUAAAUGUAAAUGAUACAAAUAUCAACCAUUUCAAAACUAUAUUUGUGAACAAAUCAUUGAUUGAAUCAAUCAUACAAUGUAUCAACUCUAUAACGACAAAUGAUAAACAUUUAGAUAGUGCAAAUUUAAUUUGUCUUAACAAAAUAAUUACUGCAUUACAUAUUCUUCAAUACAAACGGCUAGAACUCCGAGAUGAUCCACUAUUAUUAGAUUUAUUAGAUUCAAUUGUAAAUUUUCUUUGUUCUACUCAUUAUGUAGAAACGUUUAAGCGUGUUCAACCGGAUUCCACACAAUUAACCAUACGAGAAGAGUUUGUACUACUGAUAUGUCCAGGCUAUGUUGUUUAUUGUUUUGGUAAAGAUCAAGAAAACAUCUGUCUUAGACUGUGUAAUUAUGUUUUAAUCUAUUUUACGAAUAUAUUAAGCAUAUUUACUAAAUUAAUUUCAAAAUGGAAUAAAGCAAUCGUCUUAGUUAUGAAAUGUAUGGUCUCAAUGUUACAAAAAUUAGCUUUAUCAAAGUAUUUACAACGCGAUAGAAAUCAACAUAUUCAACUCAUUGAUUAUAUUAAUGUCAUUUUAAAUUCAGUUAAUUCAGUACAUGUAUUGCGUGAUGAUACUGGUGUCAUACUAUUGAGCUAUUCAAUUGUUUAUCUGUUUAGUCUAACAUUUGAACCAACUCUUUUGACGGUUAUUAAAGAAAAAAAAUUGGCAUCAACAAUUUUGAAAUUAAUCGAUGAGAAUGAUGAUUAUGUUUCGGUGAACGCUUAUCAUCUUCUGUCUCUCAUAAUAGAUGAACAAGAUAUUGAAAAGUUAGAAAAUUCAAAAAAAAUUAUAAAAGUUUUUAUUGGUUUAAUUAAGAAAAAUAUUGAAGAUAUAUCUCGUAUAGUGUUGGUACAAAAUACAUUAAUAAGCUUAAAAAGUUUUGUUCGCCAUAAUAAAAUCAGAAAUGAACUCAUCAAACAAACAACGGCUAUUCAAAUGUUAGUUCAAAUUACGACUGAAAAAAAAUUGAAUAUUAUCGAAGUUCAACAGCAUACAAUAGAAAUAUUGUGCAUACUAACAUUCAAUCAAAAAGUGGCCAACAUAUUGAAAAAUGAUCAAAUGUUUAUAAUACAUAUAGAAUCUCUGUUAGGGUCGAAACAAGCUACUUUACAAAAAGCUGCAGAGAAAAUUAUAUUGCAAUUGCAAAAAGACAAUAGAGAAGCUAACACAGGAAUACUCAUAUCGUCAAGAAUCUUUGGAAUUAGUACCAUACCUGCAGAUCAUUUUCAAUCAAAUGUCGAAUCAGAAUUGAGAAAUACAGCGAAGUCGAAUUUAGCUUACCUGAGCAAGAAAUGUUUCUGUAAAGAAAACUCGACAGCUUAUCGAAAAUUAGAUAGUUCAACAUUAUGA